AUGUCGGACAACACUCAACAACAACCCAGCCUCAUCGGUGGCCACGCUCAAUACGUCAAGGGCGCAGCAGAGGGCGUCAUCGGCAGCGUCACCGGUAACGCAGCAUGGCAGCAAAGCGGCGAGACCGACAAGCAAGGCGGCAUCGACGCCAUGAAGGCUGCAAGCGAGAACCGCGAUCCCGCCACCGAUGGUUACGGCAAGGUUGAAGAGGUGGCUGGAAAGCUCUCUGGUUGCGAGGGUAUGGAGAAGGAGGGUGCCAUGUCGGCCAAGAAGGAGUAA